AUGCAGGGAUAUGGACCAGUGUCAGAAGAGCUCUACUGUCCCCUGAAGCUGCAGGCACUCCGGAUCUUCUUGAAGACCAUCAGGAGAGAUCUAACAACAUUCUGCAAUGUUAAGGACCUAGUGACGUGUAUUGCAGAUGCCAUCGAAGCUCACCAGCCAGCUUUCGACAGCGCCCACAUUCUGCACUGUCAUAUUCGUGCCGGACUCAUCAUGAUCACCCUAAAUCAUGGAGGAUUUCUCAUUAAAUCAGAUGAGUGCAUUAUUCUUACGGACCGAAGCGGUGACGACCAUUCACACAGAACCGGCGUCGGGAAAUUCAUGACUGUUGACGACCCAUAA